AUGGGAAACAUCCGGAAGAAGGAUCCUGACUUUGCUGACAAGAUACUUGACACAAAUAACGAGAAAACGGACAAAGAGAUCACGGAAGAGGCUACAAAAUUGUUCUUCCAAACAAAAAGGCUCACUCCCAAGGUACUCACAGAACUCUCUGACGUGGAAAGAGGUACAAACGCAGUUACGACACUCGGUAUGCUCAACGUAGCGACCGAAUACUACAAAGAUUUGUACUCUUUGCCGGCACUAGGAGAUUCGGAGAGCAUUUAUCUCAUCCACAAAAAAGUUACUUGCAAAUUGACCGAGUCAGAUCGAGACAACCUCAAUGAAAAGUUCACUGUAAAAGAACUACACAUUGCACUCAGUACAGCCGAUAAAGCGACUGCUCCUGGCCCUGAUGGGCUUCAGUAUGAAGUUUUACACCAGUACUGGGAUAGCCUAGGCCCAAUUCUAACUCGGACCGCCAACGACAUGAUGAAAACAGGAACACUUCCAAAAUGUUUUGAGCCUGUCGAAAUUACUUUGAUUCCAAAAAGGGACAAACAAUCGUCAGUAGAUUUCAAGGAUCUCAGGCCCAUAUCGUUAUCGAAUACGGCACUCAAAGUUAUAUCACUUGCUGUCUGUAAUCGUUUACAACAGUACAGAGAUAAACUUAUAGGCCCGUACCAGAGAGGGUUCAUGAGAAACAGACAUAUCUCUCAAAAUACAAUGGAGUUCAAUACAAUGAUGCAAGGUUUGUUAAAAGCACCUCCAGACGACCCAUACUGCGCGGUUUUGAUGGCAGAUUUUACGAAGGCCUUUGACCGUAUCUCCCACAGGUACCUAAUAAAGGUAAUAGCACGUAUGGGGAUCAAAGGAGGAAUUUUCAAAAUACUCAAGCUGAUACUCACUCAACAGUACGCACGCAUCCAGAUCAACAAUUGCAGGGGCCCGCGGUUUCCAUUGUUAAGGGGAACCCGUCAAGGUAACCCUCUCUCGCCCAUCCUCUUCAACAUCGCUUUAGAACCUUUGUUCUACCAGUUGGAAGAAUUGAGAGGCAUUGAUGUGACGUACAACAACAUUUUGAUUCACACGAUGAAAUAUCAUGCUUUUGCCGACGAUGCCAACAUCUACCUAAGUGAUGAAGAAGACUAUAUCACUGCGUUCAAUGCUCUAUAUGACUAUGAACAAGCCAGCAACAGCAGAGUGAGCAUAGAAAAGUCAAAGCUUCUUGGAGUGAGGAAAGAUUUCAAGAAACUAGAGCAGGAUAUUCUCCCGUUCGAACAGCUUUUCCUCGGGGCGUCGUCAAUGAAAUAUUUGGGAUUGAACCUAGUCCGAGAUAAUUGGGCGAAAUUUACGUCCUACCUUCCUUUCAUGACGCACAAACAGGGAUUCUCCAAGCUAGACUUGAUAAGCAAAGCUCAAGGAACAAACACCUUCAUAUGCUCAAAAACAGUAUACAGAGAUCUUGUUCACCCGUUGGCAGAUAACAAAUUGUUUGCCCUUGAUAAGGCCAUUCAAAAAACAUUUCGCCAUGUGGGAGAAAGAAAUCUUUAUGCGAGACCAAAAAAUGGAGGAUAUGGCUUGAUUCACCUAGGAACUCAACUCUUGGGACAUAGAGCCAAAGUGCUAAAAAGAGUGGAAGAUGAUGAGGGGUGGUAUGGCAAAUACCUUAGGGUAAAGAUCGUGUUUCACCUCAAUCGUCUCGAUAUUGGAAAAAAGAAGAUCAGGAACUCACAACUCAGGGACUUUGAUCCAUAUACGUUUCUCUAUGACAAGACCAACGCAUCAUACAAGAAACUUGAGUGGACCUUCACAAAAACGGAGAUCCAAUAUAUUAGGGCAUGGUUGGCGCUUGUUCCGAGACAUAGAACACCGAGGGAGCCAUUGUUUGGAGAGCUCCGUGAGGAUCAACUUCAGAGUUUGGGGGAAAGAGAACCGGUGCCUAGGGACAUUCCGGAUGCGGUAAGGCGUAUGGACUUUAAAGGUGUACACAAAUCCUUUCAAGAGAAGUUGCCGUGUAUUAAACCAGGCAAUUUCUUAAAGAUCUGCCCUCAAGCUAAUGAGGACAAGAGGUGGAAGAAGUUUUGGAGAGACCUUUAUCAUCUAGAAUGGACGCGUCGUAUUGAUCUUACAGCGAUCCAUCUAUUUAAUCAUGGGUCCUACGUUCCUACGUUUGAUCGAAAGCCACAAGAUGAACCCGUCAGUGUAAUGUGCAACCUUUGUUGUGAUUCAGUGAGGGAGGAUGCUAUUCAGAUACAUCUUUACCAAGAGUGUGAAUGCACAAAAUACUGGUGGCAUGAGCUAGGAUUUCUGGUGCCUAUGCAUUUAAACUCAAUGCUAGCUCCAGCUGACACGACAUUCAAGAAUUUGAGACGUCUUAAUUGGUUUGUUAAAAUCGUAAGAUACACGUACUGGUCUAAGGAGAGAGUUUCAGAACUCCAGGGCGAACCACAUAAUCCCCUUCUGCCCCAACAAUUGAAAAGGGCAAUGAAUUCAGUUUCGCCGAAGGUCGAUGACAUAAUAUGA